UACCGGUUACUAGGGAGCAGUUAGAAAGAUGAGUAAACUACAGCAAGUCGCCGGCCUAAAGCAGCUGGAACAACUAAGGAAUCUCUACAGCCGAGAUUCCAAGUAUCUCAAGGAGUUUUACUGCCUGGAAAACUAUCUGGAGCUACACAAAAAGGAUGCCAAACUGCGGAAUGUGAAAGUUUACGUGCUGCCUGAGCUAGAACUGGGAUUAUUUGUGAUUGUGGAUCGCUAUCAGCUCUUUAUGGGUUGCCUGGAAAGUGCAGAUUCUGAGGAACUUUUAAAGGACUCCCUGUCUCAAUUGACUUGGUUUGGUGGCCUUCAGUGUGGCUCAAUGCCUCAUAGAUACUUCAAGGCAGCCACCCAAGUUAUUCAGGCCAAUAAACUCCGCUUAAAGAAUUUAAUAACAAAUUCUUUGUUUUUAAGCCAAGAAAAGGCUUUGCAGUUUGAAGUAAAUCCACCAGUUGGCUUCUAUCUAAAGAGUCUGAGUGUUAAGGAUGCCCAGGUGAUCGAUGAUCAUUGGAAAUGGAGUGAGCCUGGCAGCCUGUUUUUCAUGCAGAGACAAAUUGCAUACAACAUUUGUGUGGGUUUGUAUGAAGAGGAAAACGGUGAACUUGUGGCCUGGUGCGUAAGAGCUCCCGAUGGCUUACUGGCAGCUCUUCAGGUCAAGGACUCGCACAAGCGCCGUGGCUUUGGUGUCCUGAUAGUAAAGGAAUUUUCCAGAAGAGUGGCCCUGCAGGGUCUCGAUGUAAUGACCGAAGUUGACCAAGAUAACCAGGCAUCGUCUGCUUUAUUCCAUAAGAUGGGCUUUCAAGUGAUCGGUCAGUGUCACUGGCUAUUGACGGAAGCCGAAAAUGGGAACUUUCAAUGGCCCGAUGGCGAGUGAUAAGAUUAAGGGAUUGUUUAUGAAUUUUUAACUGUAAAUAUAUGGGUUGGGUUGUUAUUAUCAA